UUUUUUUUUAGAUCAGUGGGACACACACACUUCUAAGCGGCUACUAGCUCACUAAAGUACAUGAUGGUUCAUGUACUAGCCCCCAAGUAUAGCUGAUUUGAGUCCUGGCUCUGACUGUCUGCAUGUUGAAUUGUCCUUGAGCAAGACACUGAACCCUAAUUUGCUCCCAGUGGCCAUGGCAGCUAUAAGAAUGUGGAUAAAUGUGAGGCUUUGUAAACCAUUUUGGGCACUGUGAUAGUGUGAAGUGCUAUCUAUAUAAGAGGAGUCUAUUUGUUUACAGACCUCGGGGGAUUGUUAUAGUAGUAUUGUGUUACUGCGCCAGUGAAAUGGUCAUCGUUGUUUGUGCGCUAGACAGUGCUGAGUCCCGAGCAAGCCCAAGAUGACGUCACGCACCUGUUAAUGUUCUACGACAUCGAGCAAUUUCACACGAGCGCCCCAUGGUCGCAGUAUAACACACCAAACAAACAACGUUGACUCCACUCACAGGCAGGGGACUUUCACGCUCUGAAAGAAGAGUACGAGUGGGCGCUCUUUCCCCUCGGCUCACGCUCUUCCCAUCUCUGCUGCCAGUUCGUCGGCUCCCCCUUAGCCUUUAGCCUAGCGAGCCGCCAGCAAUCAUCACAUUAUGUCGCAGGCGCUUUCAGAGGAGGAGUUUCACCGUAUGCAGGCUCAACUGCUGGAGUUGAGGACACACAACUAUCAGCUGUCUGAUGAGCUGAGGAAGAACUCCGCUGAGCUGAGCGCCCUGCGACAGAAAAAUGUGGUGCUGGAAAGAGAUUUUGUCAAAGCACAGAAGGCUCUGAAUAAGAGCAAAAGAGCACAGGAAGUAGAAGCGCUGCUGAGCGAGAAUGAGAUGCUACAGGGGAAACUUCACAGUCAGGAAGAAGACUUUCGACUUCAGAACAGCACACUCAUGGCUGAGCUCUCCAAGUUGUGCAUGCAAAUCGAGCAGCUGGAGCAGGAAAACCAGCACCUCAAGGAAGAGGGAGGCUCGGCAGCUUCCCAGGUGAGCCCCGACGCCGCCCCCAGUCCUGCUGAUGAAGAGCUUCUGCGCCUCCAGGCUGAGAACGCCACACUGCUGAAGAAAGUGCGAGCACUGCAGGAGCACUGUCGCACUGAGCAGCCGACGACCGCACUUUCUCAGGGCGACCAAAAUGCUACCUCACAGACGGACCGGUCAGCUGGUGCCAAUGGUGUGUGUGAUGUCAGUGGAAAAGGGGAGGAACCCGCAGCGGAGGUGGCUCAUGACAAUUGCCAGCAGAGUGAAGCCCAGCUGAAACAAACAAAAUUACAUGGCCUGUCAGAGAAGAGCGUAGAGGAGAUUGUAGCUAAGCACUCAGAGCUAGGCUGGUCGGCUGCUCUGUGUCCAAUAACUCACUGCUUUGGAGCAGAGCUGGAGGUCGCCCUGAACACCCAGCAUGAGGAGAAGAGGCUGCUGAGGGAGCAACUACGCCACCUGGAGGUGACCAAACAGGCCGAACUCUCCAAACUGCAAGAGGAAUUGUCAAAGCUGUCUGACAAGUUAAAGAAGAAACAGGAGAGUUUCCAACAUCUUCACGCAGAGAAGGAGAUUCUGUACAAUGACAGCAGGACAAAGAUUGAGGAGAUCAAUCAGAGGAAAGAGGAAGAGCUCAAGUUGAUGAACACACGAAUCCAGAAAUUACAGUUGGAUUUAACUGCAGCCAAUCAGGUCACGAUGGAGCUGAGAGAGAAGCUUGAAAGCAGUGACAAAGAACACCAGCUGGCUGUGAACACUCUCAAAGAUCAGGUAGCGAGUGCAGUCAGUCAGGAGCAAGUGGACAACAUCUUGCAGGAGAACAAUGCUCUGAGAACUAACCUAGCUGCUUUAGAACAGAUUCAGGCGAGUAAGAUGCAGGAAGUCAAUAUGCUGCGCGAGCAGCAGGAGGCGCAGGCGGCCGAACUGCAUCAUUGUCGGGCGGAGCAGGAAAAGCUUUUGGCCCAGAGGGACGACCUGGACUCGCAGCUGCAGGAGUCCAGUUUUGCCAACAGGAAGUUGUUGGAGCAGUUAACAGAAGAAGGACAAGAGAAGGAGAAGCUCCUGAGGGAGUUUGAAGAGAGCAAGAAGACAGCAGAGAAGAGGAAGGCCAUGUUGGAUGACAUGGCCAUUCAGCUAAACCAGGAGAAGUCCAACCAAAAGGAGGCACUGUCGGACCUCAGACUGCAGCACGAGAAGGAAGUCCUUGGUGUGAGGGCUCGCUAUGAGAAGGAACUACGAGGUCUUCACGAGGAGAAAACUCGCUCUGAGGAGGACAUUCGGCAGCAGCUCCGAGAUGAGAAGGCUCGUAGCAAGGAGCUUGAGAGUCUUCAGACCAAAGUGCAAGAACUUCAUCGUCAGCUGCAGUCCAUGGAAGAAACCAAAGCAUGGUUUGAACGACGUCUCAAUGAGGCUGAGGAAAACACAGACAAGUUGACUUUGGAACAUCAGGAAGCCGUCAAAACUCUCCAUGAGCAACACACACUGAAUCUACAGGCCAAGCAGGCCGAGGUGGAAGUGGUCCACGGGCAGCUAGUGGAGGUCCAAAAUCAGAGGGAUGAACAUCACAGCACUAUCGUCAAACUCAAACAGGAGAUCAAAGACACAGUGGAUGGACAGAGGAUUUUAGAGAAGAAAGGAAGCGCAGCGUUGAAGGACUUAAAAAGACAGUUGCACCUGGAGAGAAAGCGAGCAGACAAACUACAGGAGAGACUUCAAGAAAUUCUAACCAACAGCAAAAGCAGAACGGGCCUCGAGGAACUCGUCCUAUCUGAGAUCAACAGUCCCAGUCGCACUCAGCAGACCGGAGACUCGUCCUCCGUCUCGUCCUUCUCCUACCGAGACAUGAUGAAGGAGUGCCAGAGCAGCGGUCAGAAUAAGUCAGGAGGAGGAAGUCCUCAGUGUCAGCGUGCCGCGGAGCUGUCUGACGACGAGCUAGGAGAAUUGUUCCAGAGGCUUGCUGAGGUCCAGCAGGAGAAAUGGAUGCUGGAGGAGAAGGUGAAACAUUUGGAGGUGAGCUGCUCGUCCAUGGCGGAGGACAUCUGCAGGAAGAGUGCCAUCAUCGAAACAUACGUCAUGGACAGCCGCAGAGAUGUGUCGGGCGGCGCUGCAGGUGGUCAUGGAGGAGCUUCUCAGGCCGACCGAGGAGGUCUGGGUUCCGUUUUGAGGGACCUGGUGAAGUCAGGAGAUGAGAACGUUCGCGAGAUGAACAAGAAGCUGCAGAACAUGUUGGAGGAGCAGCUGACCAAGAACAUGCAUCUUCAUAAGGACCUCGAGGUUCUGUCCCAGGAAUUAGUCCGUCUCAGUAAAGAACCUGCUCCUGACAGCAGUUCAGCUGGUACCGGUUGAAACUUCUAGCUGAGUGAUGCUUCCAUUUCCAAAAAUCUUAAAUGGAAGACCAGGGUCAGACUAACACCUGGGACUUUGUUCUUGCAGGCUCAGAACAUUAUUUAAGCCACCCUGGGCUAUGUUCAACUGCCAGAAUGUCUCUAUCCAUCCAUCCAAAUCAUGCAGGGAAUGGAAAUAUUUCACAUAAUUGUUCUUAUUGAAUGUACUGUAAUCAUACAAAACUCAUGAUUAAUUUCCACUUGACGCUAGCUGCAACCUGUCAACCUCCAUUGCAAUUAAACAUUUGCACAGCAUAUUUCAAGAAAAAAAACUCAGUUAAGUUGGAGGCCUCCAGUGUCAGGCUGUGUCUAUUCCCUGGGGACAGACCAACAGAUCCUAUAUUAAAAAGAAAUGUCAUUUAGUUUGUAGCUGUGACUAUUUGUCGGUGUAUCUGUCACAGUCUUUUCUUUCUAUCAAAGCUUAUACUAUAUGAAUGUGAGUGACAUAUGAAUAUAUUGUAUAUGUAUUUAAGAUGACGUUCCCUUAUUUUUAUCACUCUGUUAAUUAUUUUUUGUUUUGAAACUGUUUAACAUCAUGCCUGUAAAUAGAAAUGUCUUAAUUGCUGGGCUGAGUCCAUGUCCUGCCUACUCUGUCGGAUCUUAUUUAUAAAAGAAAGAAGUGUUUGAUUUCUUUUGCCUUCUCUUAAACACUACAUGGCCCGAGAGUCCUCCGGGUCUGUCACGUCCUCUUUGCUUCUGUUUUCUUGCUCUGAUUAUGUCUCGGGAGUCUUGCGGUCUGUCUAUAUUCUGGGUCUUGGAAAGAGUGAUCUCAAAUGGGAAAAUAUUUCUAUCAUGAAGCGAAAUAAAAUGAGUGGAAAAACA